AGUCGAAUAUUUUAUGGCAGAAAACUAUUUGGAGACUAUGAUUUAAAAGUUGAACAGGCCCAAUUCAGCGAAAUCAACCUGUCGACAUGCAGUUCAAUGGGUACGACAGUCGAAAUAAGAAAGAGUCGACCAGACCAUCAUACACGGUCAGCAUUCCAACCAGAUUUCGUGCUAAUACGACAACAUGUUAAGAAUAUUUCAAACGAUUACACGAAUAUUGUCUUGGGCUUGCGCAACGGUGGAGUGGCGUCCGUCAAUUCGCUCGAUUCUAUAUUUAACUUUUUAGACAAACCCUGGGUGUUUGCCCAUUUGAUUCGGAUUCAAAGAAAAAUCGGAAAAAACAAGUUUCCUCUCAUAAGUCAAAGCUAUUAUCCUAAUUUUAAAGAGAUGUUAGUAACUCCACAUUUCCCUGUUGUCGUGAAAAUGGGUCAUGGACAUUCUGGAUUGGGUAAGGUGAAAGUAGACCACCACUACGGAUUUCAGGACAUCGCCAGUGUGGCGGCCAUGACGAACAGCUACUCAACCACGGAGCUCUUGAUAGAUUCGCAGUGUGAUAUCUUUGUCCAAAAAAUUGGAACCAAUAUACGAGCUUUCAAAAGAAAAUGCAUGUCUGGAAACUGGAAAGCCAGCAUGGGAGCUGUCAUUUUAGAACCAAUGCCUAUGAAUGAAAGGUACAAAUCGUGGGUUGACGAGUGUUCGAAAUUGUUCGGCGGAUUGGACAUGAUGUGCAUCCAAAUAAUGCAGGGCAAGGAUGGAAAGGAAUAUAUCGUUGAGAUGAACGAUUCGACGAUGAGCAUAUUAGGGAGCAGCCAAUCAGAAGACUAUAAGUUGGUUGUUGAUUUAGUUAUUAGCAAGAUGGAACAGUCGUCCACAUUUCACAAGUUUCUAUCUUUUGCCUCAAAUUUUUAA